UUUGGCAUGAUUUUUAGACCUGCUCCAGAGCUCCUUGUUGGUCCGAAUUUGCUCUUCAGACUCCAGUUUGUCUUGGCCCAAACUCUGCCUUGCUUGUUCUCUAUAUGCUUUUGAAAUUUUUGGAUGGAGAAAAAGACAAAACUAACCUUGGGAAAGCAAGAAAAAAUAAUUUCAACAACUUGAGUCAUAUCUCCAUGCAAACACUAUACACAAACACCUGUCUUCACUCAUUCCACGCGUCGCCAUUCUUCUCUCUUUAUAUACACUCCACCGCUCCGCUCUCUACAAUCAAUUCUCUUAUGCACACAAAUCUAGCUAGCUCAUCUCAUUUAACCACCGUGUGAAUGGCGGAUUACCAGCAGCACCACCAGGCAGAGAAGAAUCUGGGUCGUCCUUCAACCUCACAAGUCUUGGCGGUGGUUACUCUUUUACCAGUAGGCGGCGUCCUCCUUUGCCUUGCUGGGCUGACUCUCGCCGGCUCCCUUAUCGGGCUUGCUCUCACGACACCACUGUUCGUGGUUUUCAGCCCAGUUUUGGUCCCGGCUGUACUCACUAUCUGCUUGGCGGUGGUUGGGUUCUUGACAUCAGGAGCCUUUGGGAUAACUGCACUUUCUUCUCUCUCUUGGCUCAUCAACUACACGAGACGAAUGAGUGGAAGUAUGCCGGAGCAAUUGGAUCAGGCGAAGCGGCACGUUCAAGAGACGGCAGGACACCUUGGACACAAGGCAAGGGAAACCGGCCGGAAGACUCAAGAUGUAAUGAGACCUUAGAAUAGUAGAAUACCUUUCUUCUUCUUCUUUAAGCUUGUCCAAUCCAGUCGGUUCUGUGUCUGAGUAAUAAUUCCUGGUUGUAUGUGAAUGUUGUGUAAUUUGGGGAUAAUGUUGCAUCAGAGAAAUAUAUAAAUGUAACAUGAAAUCAAAUUAAAAUGGAGUACCAUUUCGAUUGAAAUCAGUAAUUCAAUUAA